UAUGAUGGUCCCUGGUGAUCAAAACAUUUUUAGCCAUUUGAGUGUGCAAAAUCUCAUAUUUCUAAUCUUUUCUCUCAAUGAUUUCUAAUCAAAGGUGCUGGCAACUAUUUUUCCACGCACAUUUGACAAAUAACCUGUUAAUUUCCCUACAGAAAAGAUCACUAACAACAAGUGACACAGUAAGAUAAGCAAAUCUAACCCCUUGUGCAUUUUUCAGUAAUGUCUCUGUUCAAAAAAAAUUUUGAAGAAUUGACUUGGUGUCCUAAAUUAGGGACGAAAAUUGAGCUCAUGUCUUUAUAGCCACUGAAACAUGGACCUGACUGUCAUUCACUUCAUCUUUGUACCAUCAAUGAAGUGUUUCAUGGCAAGCUGGAAUUACCGUAUUGACCAGAAUAUAGCACCAUGUAUUUUCGGAAACAAACAGUUUCAAACGCAGGCUACCUGCCAUUUGAGGAAGGGAGAAGUCCAUGUUGUCACUCCUCUACAAUUCAAACUAGGUUUGUGUAACACAAUUAUCAUUUAAGUUGGAGGAAGGCAGACAACUUAACACUACACAGCCAGUGUCAGGAGUGAAAGACAUCCAACAUACGCAUGAGGAGCGCCUGUCCCGAGUGUUUGAUGAAGUGAUGGGGCUUGGAGACUUUGCUGACUCCUCCAGGGGCUCUGCUACCUCUUCUAAGAGUGGAGGUCAGGACGAGACGAAGGGAGCUGAGAAAAUUUCAGAGGAACACCAACCAGUAGAAGAAGAAGAUAGCAAUAGCAGCAGACAAGAAGAAAAGAUGGAUGAGGGAAUGGGAGACCCAUCCUUUCCUCGCAUUUCCUCCACUUCCUCUGACCGACACACAUUGUUUACUAUGGGAACCAGUGAAGGAGGAAGAGGAGCAGGAAGGAGUGGAGGGGCAGCAUUUGAUGACGCGCUGGAUGGCCUGGAAGAUGAUGAAGACUGGCACUAUGCCUUGCCAAUGGACAGCAUGGAGGAUGCUAAUAUAGGUGAUGGAAACCGUAAAAGAAACCAGCCAAGAGUGGGAACCAACUUAACUCGAGGCAGUUCCUUUGCUCAUCAGCCCAGAGGGGAGGAGGAGGAGGAGCAAGACAGGGAGGGCAGUAGUGGGUCUGCUAACACCUCACACUCCUCACAGACUGACAACAGCCAAGAUGGAGGCCCUCUAAACCAGACAGAGGACACAGAGGAUAGCCAGCAGGGAGAGACGUCUGAGGCUGCUCCAAUGGAGGACAGUAAUCCCCGCAUAUCUCCUGCUAUAAAUAUUAAAGAUGAGCCCAUUGAUGAGGGCUACGAUGCUGCUCUACUGCCUCAGAGCUCAAUCAGACAAAUCAAAGAGGAGCUAGAGCAGGAGGAAGAGCUGCGGAUCAGUUCCGUCUACUCUGUAGGUGGAGGAAACAACUUUGCACCCCCCUCCAUGCCAGCAGCAAUCCCAGCCCCAACUCCAACAACCAUUUUCAUCCCAAGUAGAGGUAUCCUACAAGCCAUGACUCCGCUUCCUAUCAGACCACCAGUUCCAGUCCCCACCUCACUGCCAGCUCUGAUACCGGUCCCCCCACGGGCACCUCAGCCCCCCGUUCCUGGUAGUGUUCGCUGCAGUGGAUGCUCCAAGGUUCUGCUGAAAGGCCAAACAGCAUUCCAAAGAAAAGGUUCAACGCAGCUCUUCUGCUCCACAGUCUGUCUGACUGGACAUCUGCCUCCAGCCAACAAGGGUCGAUCAUGUUUUCAGUGCAACAGGGAGAUUCUGCAGCCCAGAGACAUGAUCACGAUUCCAACAGAAGACGGCACUUACAUGCACUUCUGUGGCCAGUUCUGUCUGUCUGUCUUUAGACACAAGAGGAAACAAGUUGAGAAGAUUCCUGAUAAAUGGGCUGAUAAACGACCAGAGAAGAAGCCUGAUAAGCCACCUGAAAAAGCAGCAGACCGACUGCCUGACAAACCCUUUUGCAGUGUCUGCAAAGUCUCUAAUAGGCUGAUUGAGCACGAGGUAACCCAUCAAGGUCGUCUGCACAGACUAUGUAGUAAUGCUUGUUUUGUCACGUGGCGCAAGAUGCGACAGUUAGCCAUGAACUGCUGUGAAGGCUGCGGACUUUACUGUAAUAGCAGCUCUGGCUCCUGUCACACACUCACAAUAGAGAGAGCUCAGCUCAACUUCUGUGGUCCUACCUGUAUUGGCACCUUCAAACAGACUUGCAGAAAGAUGGUAGAGUGUGCCUACUGUCACAAGAUGGCAAUAGUGUCCACCACUAUCAUGGAACGAGACCAGAAGGGCAAAGUUCAGCUAUAUUGCUCAUCAGUUUGUGUGGAACAGAGUCGACCCCCACAACACAUUCUGAGUGGUACUGCAUUCCCCUGCUGCCAGUGCAGGGUGUCAGCAGUUCCUCAGUAUCAUCUGGCUAUGGUGGAUGGCACUAUUCGUAACUUCUGCUCCUAUGACUGUGUUUCUAUAUACAGGAAGUCUGGGAACACAUCUCAGCCAGACCUGACCAAUGGAACCUCGACUCUCAGGGAAUCCUCCCCCAGAGAUGCUCCCAAACCAGGUCCCUCUGCCGGAGCCAGCUCGGUCCCUCCCGUCCCUCAGGAGUACUCAUCGUCAGUCCCCUACCAGGGUCACCACCCCAGUCAUACCUCAGUGCCCCCAUUGGUGCCUCCCUACCCAGCCAUGUCCUCCCCCUCUGUCCCUGGGCAAACCCAAGCCAGAGCACCUGCUGGUCAGCCUCUGAAACCAGCAGAGGGUGGGCCAAGUGACAUCUCCAAGCUAACCUGCCACCAGUGCAGCAAACUGUUCGAUAUCAAGCCACUGCUAUUAAGUCACCAAGGUCAUAUUUCUAUGUUCUGCAGUAGGACGUGCAGCGAGCAGUUUAAAAUCCAGAAGAAUAUCCUGAUGACGUGUGAGGGCUGUAAACAGGAGAAAGUGCUCUAUGACACCAUUAGCUACAACCAACAGGACAUGGUCUUUUGUAGUGAAAACUGUAAACUACUCUUCAAACAUGACAUGACAUCUCGUAACAAGGACCAGUCCUGGCGUCCCUGUACCUACUGCUCUAGCAUCAGCCAGAAGAUGCUGCAUAGCCACUAUGGAGGCAGGAUGGAGGAGUUCUGUAGACCCCACUGCAUGUCCCAGUACACUGUACUCUACUAUGGGAUGGGGAGAUGUGACAGUUGUAGGAAACAGGGCUACAUGAAUGAGAAGCUUCAGUGUUUGGGUUCAGUACGUAAUUUCUGCAACCUGCCCUGCCUCCUGCAAUACUGCUACCUGCAUUUUGAGACAAGUCAACACACCAGCCGUAACGGCACGGGACCGGCCCCUCAAACACCAUAUGCUCCUACUCAGCCCCACCACUCUUCAAAGAUGAAUCCUGUCAUAGCUGAUGUGGUGUCACUGGCCAAUGGCUCAGCCACUCAGCCCAGCGUGUCAGCAGAUACUGCUCUGACUGGAGCACUUCCGACCUCCAGCGUUGAUGGCAAGAACCUUGAUCAUGCCAGCACUCAGACUGACGCCAUGCGAGUGCCUGUGUCCCGUCGACGUCAGAUGAAGAACAAGUCGGUUCUGUGCAGGCCCUUCACUAUGGACCAAGAGAGCUAUUGCCAACUGCCAGGACCUUCCACUGGAUCAGAAGCUCUGCCUCUGCCCUCAGUCAGCUCUUCAGUAAGAGAGGAGAAAGUGAAGGUGGUAAUGGUUCCAGUCCCAGUACCGGUCUUCAUUCCAGUGCCUAUGAACAUGUACACCCAGCACACACCUGUUCCAAUGACAAUGCCCUUGCCUGUUCCGGUACCACUGGUGGUACCGCCACAGAAAAAGGACAUGAAAGAUGCAGCAGUUCAAUCAGGGCCUUUUGAUUUGCAGGAUGAGAAACAGAAAGUUCAGUCUCUUUCUAGUGCAGCCCAGAGCAGUUCUUACGGUGGAGACAUGAAAUCGGAUGCAAUCACGCCCAUAAUCUGUGAAGACGGGGGGACUCAAAUAGCAGUACAAGCUGACCUUCCACUUCAUGUGAGUUCAGAGAGGACCACAGAGUCAAAUGAUCCCCCACUUAAUACUCAGACAGAGGAGAGCAUGACGACAAGCACCACGCCUACAACCAGCACCGAGGAUCAACCUCCUUCCUCACCUAUGAUGGACUUGGAGACUGACUUCCCAUCUGAACCUUUGGAUCAGAAGCCAUCUGCUCCACAGCGAGGAGUGAAGAGACCCAGAGAUAGCUCCUAUAGCCGGAAACGGAGUCGAAGGCGAACUGCUCCUCCGUCAGACCGGAAUGCAGUGGUGCCUCCAGCUGCUACCAAAGUGAAUCACUUGUAUGGAGUUAAAGCCUGGAAGAGUUGGGUCCAACAACGAAACAAACAGCAGAGAGAAGUAGAUAUUAAAGAAGACGUCAUCGAAUGUGACUCCACUGAGCUGAGCUUUGCUCUGUCUCGCUUCAUCAAAGAAGUGAGACGGCCCAAUGGAGAGACCUACAGCCCAGACAGCAUCUUCUACCUCUGCCUGGGGAUACAGCAGCACCUUUUCAUGAAGGGCCGCAUAGAGAACAUCUUUACUGAUGAGCUGUACAGUCAGUUUGCCACAGAGAUAUCUGGAAUGCUGCAACUCUGGAAACCUAAACUACUAUCCAGUGGUGGCGUUGCUUCGUCCCGUGUUAUUGAGUCCUACCUGUGGGAGUGUAAGCAGUUGGGUGCCUACUCCCCCAUAGUGUUGCUAAACACGCUGCUCUUCUUCUGCACCAAGAACUUCCGCUUCACCACGCUGGCGCAGCACCAGAGCCUCUCCUUCACCAACUUCACUCGCUGUUCCAAACCCUGCAGCCGUGCCGGCAAAGUCCACUACCUCCGAUACCAGAGAAGCAGGACAGCUCCGUCCCGCCGAGAGGAGACAGAGCGACUGAGAAAAAGGCAGUCAGAGGAAGAGGGAGACCUGGAGAUGCUUGAAAAUGUCACCAACCCUCUGCAAUGUCCUGUCAGACUCUACGAGUUCUACCUCUCUAGAUGCCAAGAGUCGGUGAAGAAGAGGACUGACGUGUUUUACCUCCAGCCUGAACAGAUUGUGCACACACACAGUUCCCACUGGUACACUUCUCAGCCACUAGAGGCCACCACUCUACAGAGCAUGCUGACGCGCAUCUUGGCCGUCAAAGAGUGCCACCAGGAACAGAAAGCAGCCCAGCGUCAGUCCUCAGCCACCGCAGAAAACAGUUUACAGUGAUAUGGAGCUUUGCUUAUUCACAUUCUGCUAGUGAUCUUCUCUGCAACAGAAACCUUUUCUGACACCAGAAGCUUACAGCGACAUUACAACUAUACAUUCAGCCAUCAGUGAUUCAGACUGAAGAUGGGACGGGGAGACAGAAUAACGAGACACAAUGCAAGGACACUUUGAGACAAGUUCGAGGAUCUUUCGAAGUGUGUGAUAAUUGCAUUUAGUUACCUCAGUGGCCAUCCCCUCUCCACAUUAAUGCAUAAGGAGUUUUCAAACAUCCGAUACUCUGAAAUAUCAAUGUCACACAAGAGUGAUACUUAUUCCCAUCAUUCAUCACAUGUGGCAGGUCUAAUAAUAGUCCAUAACAAGCCUUUCAGAUUUACUUUAAUUUCAGAAACAGACCUCUUGCAAUAUUAGACUGGUGUGAGCAGCUUAUUGCAUUUCGGAACAGUUAGUGCUGAUGUAGAUGAUGAGUUUACAUCCACGAGGCACUGUCAGGUCUGUUCAAGGGGUUUCAAUGUGCUGUUUUAUUGUUGCUGUCCAUCUUUGCAUCAGCACGCUGUAAAAUGGAGAAUAUUUACUGGUACUUCUUAUGCUUUUCAAUUUCACCAAAAAGUCAAACAAUGACAGCAGGUUUCGGAAUUCAUAGGUUUGGCGCAAAUAUGCAUAGCUGCACAAAACUUUGUUGAAAUGCCACUCGCUUCAACUGAAGCACUUCCCACAGAAACAUAAAAUAUAAUGUUUAAACAACUGAAUCAUUGUCAGCAUAUUGGAGGUGUAUGACAUUUACUGGUUGACAUUAAUCAUUUAAUUAAAAGCAAAUAUCUGAUUGAAUAAGUUGUUAAACCAGUUUCAGUCACCCUUCUUCUAAAUACUAGAGAACUGUCAUCUUUUGUUGUUUUGUUAUUGCCUAGUUAUCUGAUGUUUUGUUCCGUCAUCCUUCAUCCUGUGGCCUUAUUUCCCCCACAACUUUCCUCUCUUUAACCUUGUGUAUACGUGAGGAUUCCCCUAUUUUCCCUUCCAGGGUUCCUUCAUAUAUCUUCACUUAUUCCCUCUCGAGGUGAAGUGUAAGAUUGGCUCAUGACCCACAGCCAGUUUCAGCUCAGAGUAAUUUACAGACUACGUUGAAUGAUUUAUGAGAAUAUUAGACAUAUAUUCUAACCAUUAUUAUCAAUGAGGGUGUUAGAAUUGUUAUUAUAAUGAUUACAGUGGGACCUCUGCUCUUUCCUUGUAUUUUCUUGUAUUUGCCAUUAUCUCCACUUUUGUUGCAUUGUUUUUAUUUUUCUCUUCCACUCAUCUUUGCACUCUAAUUUGAGGAAAAAAAUGGAAUUGGGGGAUUUUGGAUGAGUAGGAGACAACUCCAAGUACUAGCACAAUACUUAACUCUAAGGUUUCGUGUAUUAUAAAUAAUGGUGUGAAUGGUUUUUGGUAUAGUAUGGAUUUUGUUGGCCAACAUACAAUCAAAAAUAAGUACUAUAACUGUGUGCCUGACAUUUGCCACUGUACACACAGCAGUGGUAAUCAAUUGUUUUUCUAUCCAUUCCCGAUAUCUGUAAUAGACAUUUGAUGAAAAAUUUACCCUGAUCUUUCUAAAGUGGCAUACUGAAAGUUGUGGUGAUGGAAAACAGACAAGAUAUGGAAAACAUGUUUGGUCCAUUGGGUUGCUGUGAUGAACCUGUGAUGAAUCCAAAGCUCAACCACAGCUCCUCACCUCACUUAGCUGUUAAACUUACUCAAAAAUGUGUGGACACCCUGAACUUUAAUCUACACAUUUUAUAAUGUCCAUGUUACAUUAAUGCCAUUUUUCAAAAGUUGAAUAUAUAAAACAUAUGUUGCUAAAUUGAGAUUUAAUUAUAUUAUUAUUCGUUCUUUUGUUUUGUGGUAAUAAUGACUCCACUACCCACAAUUCCAUGUGGGCCUGUCAGGGAGCUGUUGCAUUUAUAUCACUCCGUUGUACUGUCUUCUUUGCUACUUGCAUCUCUUUCAUUGUUUUAGAUGUUGUUAUAUUUUGUCAUGAGGCCAAUGUGCCUUUGCUUUCGCCUCAUGUUCAUGCUUUAUAUAAAAUAUGUGUUACAGCGUAAACGAGUUAGAUUCAAUACAUAUCAGACCAGCCCAAACCUGAAGUUUGCAGAUCUCUCCACUGCCCAGUGUUCAUAUUAAGCAUUCACACUUUGGACUGAUGGUAAUCCAUUAGCAUCAUCCAUGCAAAGAGUAAAUGUUUGAAUGUUGAAUUUUCUUUAAACAACAUACUGUAUUACAGUGUCACAGCUGCUGGUGCAAAUGAAAUAUUUCUUUGUGAAUACUGUCACUGCUGUUUUCAAUAUUAUCACACCCAUUCAAUGAUUGUUAAGAAACAAGAGGCCAAAAGACAGAUGUUUUAUUGUCAUGCACAAGAUGCUGUAUUGCCAAUAAGUAUUAAAAAGUCAUCUUAUUCCUUUGUUUC